AUGCCUCCUAAGUCCGCUACGUCUUUGCGCAAAGGCAAGGAACGCGAAUCCGUCCCUGCGGCCCCCGUCCCUGCGGCCGACUCCACAACACCCUCUCCCAGCAAGCGCGGCGGGCAUAGGCCCGGGGCAACAAGGUGGUCAAUCCACAAAGUGCUUAACCUGCUGUUUAUUAUUAGCGAGCAGCGGCCAGAGGGGAGCAAGAGGUGGGAACUUGUACGCACCCAGCAUAACGAGUUGAACCAGUCAAAUCAAAGUACCAAUACUGUAAAGAAGCACUAUAACAUGCUACUCAAACUUCCUGUGCCAACUGGGCGUAAGAAGAUGCACCCCCUGCAUCGACUUGCGUUAGCUGUUGAUUGCAAUGUUGGCAAGGCAAUCGGAAUUCUUACAAUAAACAACUCACCUGCCCAAGAUCCCUUUGACAGCAAUCUUGACACAGAGUUCAAGCGGGCCAAAAGCAACAUGCAGCGAUACGGCUUUGAUUUCAACAUGUUGGCCAAUUUCAAGAUGUCCUGGACACGGUCACAUGACCAGUACAAGUGGUUGCAUGCUGGCCCAAGCCCAAAUUUGGGGGAUGAGGACACAUUUGUUGAUUCGGACUUGGACAAAGGGCCCGCCGCUGAUCAAGAUGCCAACAAUAAUGCAGGUGAUAGUGGAGCUGACAAUAGGGGCAAUGGCAAGGAGGUUUAUCAGCCAUCUGAGGCCAAUAGCGUGCCAGACAAUGGCAAGCCAGCUCUCAAGGCCCAUCCUCCGGCCCUUUGCAAGUCUCCCCCAUGGGACCUCCACAAGCUCUCAGGACCAGCCCACAAAGAACCAACGCUCUCUGGGCCCCCCUCUCCGAUGCCACCAGUCUGUCCACCGGUCAAGACACCAGCCCAGCUCUUAGAGGUCUUUGGGGCACAGAAAGAGCCCGCCCCCGCUCCUUCCCCGCUCUCCCAGUCAACUCAAGCAGACGCAACAUCACCAAUCAAGAAGCCCUUGACCUCGAAGCCCCUGAACUCCUGCGACGCAGCGCCAUCCAAGUCUGUUGAGGGGUCCAAGAAGCGUAAGGUUAUCAGCGACGAUCAGGAAGUGAAGGAGGAACAUAUUGGCAAGAGGGAAGCAAAAGGGCCAGCAAGCAAGAAGCAUCAAGCUAGCGGUCCAAAGGGAGGAUAUUCAAAGUCAAAGUCACAGAACACGGCCGCGCUCAACAACUCCGUGAUCAAUAUCUUGUCUGACAAAAGCCCGGCACUCUUGAAUAAGUUUCUUGGUAAGAAACAAGUUGGGAACGUCUCAACUAUGACAAUCCAAGACUUGAGUAAGCAGAAUCUUUUGCUUUGUAACCAACUUGCUACCGCACGCAAUACUAUUCAGCAACAGGGACUCCAGAUUAUCAGACUCCAGUCUGAUCUUCAAGUCCAAGCUCGCGUUGAAGCCGAGCUCGCAAGGCGUGCCCAACUGCCUUACCACCUGCCCCCUGCGUUUAAUCCCGUUCCAAAUAGGGAGCCCCCUAAUCUCAAACAUCCUUUCAACCAACCCAUACCGGCCGUUACAGAGCCUGUCAACGCCAUGUUUGGCACACCGCACCUGUUGCGCGUCUUUGAUUCUGACCCCAGCUUAGAGGCGACUGACGACGCGGCUUUGCGUUGA